AUGGCACUCUUCAACACGGGGGCCGAUGGUGUCGAUGUGUUGGAACGAUUUGAAACCGUUGAACGCAAGGACGUGGCGCAACUGGAGCGAGCAGAAGAAGAAGUAGAAGUGGAACUGGACAAAGAAGAUGAAGAGGAAGAAGAGGAGGAGGAUGAUGCAUUGCUGCGAGAAGCAAGACGACAACCAGCACGUUGA